AACCAAACUUUUGGUUUAGUUUUGGUUCAGUUGAGAGCAAUUGAACGGAUCGAGGAAAGCAGAGACCACAGUGCCGUCGUCAAUGGCGACGGCUACACCUAUGUGGCGAACGUUCGGAGAGGAAUGGCCUGAAUUCAAUGACGGCUUAAACUACCAAGACCGCGUUCGUCCCGCUGAUGCCGGCCUUACGAUGAUCGAGUUCUACUCCAGAAAGUACAAGAAUUCAGCUCCCUUGCAGGGAGAAUUCAAAACAAACAGGUUAGCAGUUAGCACCUCUGAGGAAUGCUUUAAAUAAAGUAUUCUUGGAUUCAACCCGAAAAGAUGAGUCUCUUUUGCAAUCUCUCCAGAUAAUGGUUGAUGGUGUAGUUGUUAGCAAUCCAGACGCACGUCUCAGACCUGGUGCACAACUUUUAUAUCACCGCCAUCCCUGGAAGGAACCAAAUGCACCUCACUUGUUGGAAGUUCUUUUUGAAGAUGAACAUUUGAUUGCUCUAAACAAGCCUUCAGGUUUGCAAGUACUACCAGGAGGCUUAUUCCAGCAGCGGACUGUUCUGACGCAACUUCAAUGGCGUGAAAGAAAAUUGUCCUCUUCAUCAGCACCUGGAGAACAAAAUCCCGUCCCAGUUCAUCGUUUGGGACGAGGCACAUCAGGGAUAUUACUUUGUGCAAAGACUAAGCUUGCAAAAUCUUGCCUUGCUGCAUAUUUUGCUGAUGGAACAUCAAUUGUUCAAGGAAAAAAGUACAGAGUAUUAUGUUAAGCACUCAAUUUGGUUAUAAUACAAUACAUUACACAAUGAUUAUCUAGUAAAAUUGUAAAAUUGUGUCAUUUUGUACCUCUGUAUGAUGCGAUAUUCUGCUUGUCACGUACUAAAUGCAUUCUAGAAGUAACCUUUGGCUCUUUAAGAGGUAGCACCUGCUGAAUUGUUUUAAAAAGAUGAGUUACUGCAUGAUCUUAAAAUCAGGUUUUCAUAUUAAAUGAUCUCCAUGUAAUGGAUGUAUACUGUUAUGCCUAGCUGUCUAGGUGUGGGUAUUCUGUAGAACAAAGGUAUAAGAAGCAUUUGUUGUCCCAAUAAAAUUUUAAGACCAGACAUAUGUGAGCUUUCUUGAUUAGCAUUGCUUCAAGCUAUGCGACUGAUUCCAAUUCAUAUUGACAGAUUUUCCAAUCCUGAAGUCAUGAGGACGAGGAACAUUGUUAAGAUAUAUCGGGCCCUUGCAAAAGGGGUGAUAAGUGAGGAUGAGGUUGUAAUCGAGCAACCGAUUGGGGUGAUUCGUUAUCCUGGAGUUGCCAAAGGGUUGUAUGUUGCUUCUCCUUCAGGGAAACCAGCGUUGAGUAAUGUUCGUGUUCUUGAGAGACAAGUGGAGAAUAAUUGGACACUGGUAGAGGUUGAAAUUCAAUCUGGCAGGCCACACCAAAUUCGCAUACAUCUUUCUUCAAUUGGUCAUCCACUAAUAGGUGAUCCUCUUUACAUUGAUGGGGGACAACCAAGGGGCUUUGAUCCAGAUCUCUUUGAUGACAAUUUUGCUCAAGAUGGCGGAUACCAGAGGCCAGAGAAUCCCGUUCCCGGAGACUGCGGAUACAACUUGCAUGCACACAAGGUUGCUCUUCCUCACCCGAUUACACAAGAGUUGAUAACAAUUACUGCGCCGCUACCAUCCAUACUCAAGACAAGUCCGGAGCGGUAAAAAAGAAGAAGUUUCUCUCUCCAUCACCAUGGCUGGUUGCAUGUAUGUACACACACACACAUAAUUGUCCAGUCUAUUCUGAUUCCUAUUGCCAUUGUCCCUAGCUAGCCUGAGAAUUGAUGGAUGGAGAUGAGAUAAAAUAGUAUUGAUUGGAGUGAAUGGGUGAUAAACUGAUAAUAGCAAU